CAGGGCCGGUGGGCACCAGCGGCGGCACCCACGGAGCCCCGCGGCCCGCUGAGCCUGGAGCCGGGCCGGGGCGCGGACGCCGGCUCGAGCCCGGAGCAAACUUGGCAGCCGGGCGGGGGGCGGCAGGGACCCCGUCCCGGGCCGGAGGAGGGGGCGGCCGCCGGCGCCAUGCUGCCCGGCUCGCAGGGCCCGAGCGCGCCCGCGCCGCCCCCCGGGCCGCCGCCUCCGCCGCCGCCGCCGCCUCAGCCCCAGCUCCAGCCCCAGCAGCCCCCGGCCCCGGCCCCGCCGCCGCCGCCCCCGCAGCAGUUCCCGCAGUUCCACGUCAAGUCGGGCCUGCAGAUCAAGAAGAACGCCAUUAUCGACGACUACAAGGUCACCAGCCAGGUCCUGGGGCUGGGCAUCAAUGGCAAAGUUCUGCAGAUCUUCAGCAAGAGGACGCAGGAGAAAUUCGCCCUCAAAAUGCUCCAGGACUGCCCCAAGGCCCGCAGGGAAGUGGAGCUGCACUGGCGGGCCUCGCAGUGCCCACACAUCGUGCGCAUUGUGGAUGUCUACGAGAAUCUGUAUGCCGGGAGGAAGUGCCUGCUGAUUGUCAUGGAGUGUUUGGAUGGUGGAGAGCUCUUCAGCCGAAUCCAGGACCGGGGAGACCAGGCAUUCACGGAAAGAGAAGCCUCAGAAAUCAUGAAGAGCAUCGGCGAAGCCAUCCAGUAUUUGCACUCAAUCAACAUUGCCCAUCGGGAUGUCAAGCCCGAGAAUCUCUUGUACACCUCCAAAAGGCCUAAUGCCAUCCUGAAACUCACUGACUUUGGCUUUGCCAAGGAAACCACGAGCCACAACUCCCUGACCACCCCUUGCUAUACACCCUACUACGUGGCCCCUGAGGUACUGGGUCCGGAGAAGUACGACAAGUCCUGUGACAUGUGGUCCCUCGGUGUCAUCAUGUACAUACUGCUGUGUGGGUACCCCCCCUUCUACUCCAACCAUGGCCUCGCCAUAUCUCCUGGCAUGAAGACGCGCAUCCGGAUGGGCCAGUAUGAAUUUCCCAACCCAGAGUGGUCGGAAGUGUCUGAGGAAGUGAAGAUGCUUAUCCGAAACCUGCUAAAAACGGAGCCCACUCAGCGAAUGACCAUCACGGAAUUCAUGAACCACCCCUGGAUCAUGCAAUCAACCAAGGUCCCUCAGACCCCUCUGCACACCAGCCGGGUCCUAAAGGAGGACAAGGAGCGGUGGGAAGACGUCAAGGAGGAGAUGACCAGUGCCUUGGCCACGAUGCGCGUCGACUACGAGCAGAUCAAGAUCAAGAAGAUCGAGGAUGCUUCCAACCCUCUGCUGCUGAAGAGGAGGAAGAAGGCGCGGGCCCUGGAAGCUGCAGCCCUGGCUCACUGAGGGGCACCCCCCCAUUGGAGGACAAGCAAUAAUGCCCACCAGAUGUAUUUUUUAAAUGAAGAGAUGCAGGCCGUCCUCUCUGCCAGCGCCUCCUCCCGGCUGUGGGAGCCUGGGAGUGUAACGCCACUGUGGCCAGCUGAGUUCUGCCUUUGGCUGCGGCCACCCCAGGGAGCGGGGAGCUGGGGGCUGCCACGGGAAGGGAGCAAGAGGCUCUCGGCCACGCUCCUGCUGCAGUUUUACCCAAGAUUUGAUGUAGAGUUUUUAUCAAAUUUCUUUUAUCGUGCUUUCCCUUCCGCCGCCUCCCCACCAGACCCCUUCCUCUUGGAUCCUGCGAAGGUUUGGGGUUUGUUCAAGGGUUAUUUGUGGAGCUGUUACAGGGAGGGGCCUGGUGAUGCCCCACCUGCCCCCUCCCCCCUUUUCCCCACUGCAGCCUGACGUCCUGCCGGCUCAGGUGUCCCAGAAGCUCAAGGCCAUCCAUGGGGGAGCUUGGAGGCCUUGGGUGUCAGCAGUGCAGCGGGCAUGUGGGAGAGUGAGCGAGUGUGUAUGUUUGUGUGUGCCUGUGUAAGCAUGCUAUGCACAUGUGUGUGCCCGUGCGUGCGUGUGUGUGUGCCCACAUCUGUGCCUGGGACCGUGCACUUGUAGAACCAGGGCCCUACAAUGGCUCAGCAGCCCUCCCUCUUGGGGCCCACCCUGCUCACACUGAGCCUGCCAAAGUGCCUGGGAGGCCUGUGCAGACAGAGCCAGGUCAGCCAGGUCCUGGCUGUCAGAGAGGACUGACUCGGGCACUGGCACAGUUGUCAGGAAGACUGGACCCCCCCACCCCAACCUCUCUUCCUCCUCAGUGCUGUCUUCCCUCUUGCCCCCGACCCCAAUCUGCUCAGCAGCCUCUUUACUGUCCCUUCUUGCCUUCAGUUGCCCAUCCUUGGUUUUCUGAAAAUUUUAGAUACUCUGCCAGCUCCUGUCGGUGCGCGUGGCUGAGCCGUGUCCUGUGGCUCACCUCAGCUAGGGGGUGUCAGCCCUAGUCAGACCCCAUGGGCCUCCCUCAAAUUUCCAUUGUGUGGCCUGGGGGGGCAGCGUUCUUCGCACCAAAGAUGUUCCGACUCUGCCUCCUGGUCCUUACUUAGCCCUCCUACCCAACCCCCCCGCCACCUCAACAACUCUGCUUCCUGUGUCCAGGCCCUCCCCCAGGGUUGCCAAGGGUGGCACAGGCAGCCACGCCCGGUCCCUGCCUGGAGAGGGGCAGCAGGUGUGCUUCACCGGCCCCUCCCUCAGGGCAGGUGGAGGGGGCACCGGCUGUGCCUCCCUCAUCUCAGACGGUGUGUCCAGCACUCAGACUGUUGUAAACUUUUGUUUUGUAUGAGCAAAAUUGUCUUUACUAAACUGAUUGAAUAGUU